AUGGAACCCGGAUCCAAGAACGUACUGCAGGUUGCAGCACUUGGACGACCCUUCCAGCUGGGGAUGCUGUAUGACUGUCGGAGUGAUUGUCUCAUUCCAGGCAUGACGUUAUGGGAUCGUGAAGCACUCAAAAAGGACACUGAUGAGAAGUCUCAGCGCAACACAGAAUUUAAGAUCAUUGCAUCUGAUUCCAUUGAAGAUAAAUCUUCUGCUUUGAAUGUUGAAGCUUCACUUAAAGCAAGUUUCUUGGGGGGGCUGAUUGAGGUGGGAGGGUCUGCAAAAUACCUAAAGGACACAAAGGUUUCAAAGAAGCAGGCACGUGUCACACUGCAGUACAAAACUACCACUAAAUUCAUGCAAAUGACCAUGAAUCAACUUGGACGAGGCAAUGUUAAAUACCCUUACGUAUUUGAGCAGGGAGAAGCCACUCAUGUAGUCACAGGUAUACUUUAUGGCGCACAGGCAUUCUUUGUAUUUGAUCGAGAAGUAUCAAAGAAUGAAGACCGUCAAGACAUUGAGGGAAACUUGCAGGUGAUGAUCAAGAAGAUUCCUAUGCUUGCGAUUGAGGGACAGGGCUCACUACAAAUGACAGAUAGUGACAGUGCUAGCGUUGAGAAGUUUUCUUGUAAAUUCUAUGGAGAUUUUGCCCUCGAAAACAGCCCUGUUUCUUUUCAAGAUGCCAUGAAGGUAUACACAAUGCUGCCAAAGCUGCUGGGAGAGCAAGGGGAACAUGCUGUGCCAAUGCAGGUGUGGUUGUACCCCUUACAAAAUUUAGACUCAGCUGCUGCCCGCAUAGUUCGGCAGAUCCGCGUUGGAUUAGUUAAUCAAGCACAGAGCGUGCUGGAAGAUUUUUCUGACCUUGAAAUACGAUGUAAUGACAUGAAGAAACACAAAGUCAUUACUUACUUUCCAGAGAUCGGCAAAAAGAUAAAGUCAUUCAAAGACAUGUGCCAGGAGUACAAAUUAGUCUUUCAGAAGUCUUUGGCAGAAAUGCUUCCUUCCAUCCGAGGAGGAGGAAAAGAGGAAGGUGAGCUUGCAGACCUCUUGAGAGGUAAGAAAGCAUCUCCUUUCAACAGGAAUUCACUGAAGUCAUGGCUCGACUGCAAACGGAGAGAAAUCACAGUACUCCAAAUGUACACAAACAUGCUAAAAGGCACAAAAAUUGUGUCUUCAAAUGGUGAGCUUGACAAAGAGGUUACCUUGAAUACAGAGGUUAAACAUGUGGUGUGUUUUGCUUUCACAUCAGUGCAGAGUGAGGAGCCAUACCUGACAGCUUUAUCAGAACAGCUAAGCAUUCAGCCCAAGUCCCAGAUGGCUCUUACUGCUAAUGCUAAAAGACCAGAUGUAGAGAGGGGACAGUGGCAAUUGUCUGAGGAUCUGUCAAACAAAGUAAGAGAAAAACUGAGGCUUUUUCUGGAAUUUUCUGAAGCAAACAAAAACAGUGGGAAUACCCGUUUCAUAUCAGCUUCUAUACACAAUCAGAACCAUCCCGGAGCCAGUAUUUACCUUUAUGAAAGAGGGUUCAAACAGAAUGAACAAUUUGAACCUCCAUCCAAGCCAAAAAAACCAGCAGCCAGAGAGAUAACUCACAGCAGUGAGGUAGAUAUAGAUUUACAAGACUGCAAGAAGUAUGUCUUUGGCAAAGACAACAAGAGAGACAAUCGAACCAUCAUGGUCCUUGGGGCAACAGGAGCAGGAAAGUCAACCCUGAUUAACGGGAUGGUCAACUACAUCUUGGGUGUGAAAUGGGAAGAUGGGUUCCGCUUCAAAUUAAUUGAUGAAGGGAAAUCAAAAUCCCAGGCAGAGAGCCAGACGUCCCUUGUGACUGCCUACGAGAUCAAUUAUCAAGAUGGAUUUGAGAUCAGCUACUCUGUCACCAUCAUUGAUACCCCAGGUUUUGGUGACACUCGAGGGAUAGACAGAGACAGACAGAUCACUGACCAGAUUCGAACAUUUUUUACCUCCUGCAAGGGCAUCAGUGAGAUUGACGCAGUGUGUUUUGUAACUCAGGCUUCUCUUGCUCGAUUAACACAUGCACAGAAAUAUGUGUUUGACGCUGUUCUCUCUAUUUUUGGAAAAGAUAUAGCAGACAACAUUCAGAUGCUGGUGACAUUUGCAGAUGGACAGCGUCCCCCUGUCCUUGAAGCGAUCAAUGUUUCUGGGGUGCCGUGCCCCAAAAAAAAUGGAAUUCCCGUUCACUUUAAGUUCAACAAUUCUGCUCUGUUUGCAGAAAAUGACAUUUGUGCUAACACCAAUGAGGAUGAAGCUGAUGAUGACUGUGAUGAUAACUUCGAUAAAAUGUUCUGGCGCAUGGGCAUGAAGAGCAUGAAGCACUUCUUUACUGCCCUAACUAAGAUGGACACCAAGAGUUUAAUGUUAACAAGAGAAGUGCUCAAAGAGCGCAAACAGCUCGAAACAGCAAUUGUAGGCCUGCAGCCACAGGUACGAGCGGGUUUGGCAAAAUUGGAUGAAAUAAAGAGGACUCAGCAAAUCAUUCAGGAGCAUGAAGCGGAGAUAAGCACUAAUGAGAAGUUUGAGUUUGAGGUUGAGGUGGUGAAGCCAGUUCAGAUUUCCAUUCAAGGCACAGGAAAUUACAUAACCAACUGUCAGCAGUGUUUUAUUACCUGCCACUAUCCCUGUGGCAUACCAAAUGAUAAUGGUAAAAGAGGAUGUAUUGCAAUAGGAUGGGAUGGCCAGUGCAAAGUUUGUUCUGGAAAAUGUCACUGGAGUGUGCACUUCAACCAAAAGUACAGAUGGGAGUACGAAAAAGUGAAAGAGAAAAGAACAUCUGCAGAGCUCAAGGCAAAGUACGAGAAAGCGUAUGGCGCCAAAUUGUCCGCACAAGAAAUAAUCGAAAAACAAGGAGAGGAAAUUCUGCAGCUUCAGAAAGCAGUACUAGAGCUGUUGGAUACCUCCUCUCAAUGUUUAGCACGGCUAAAGGAAAUUGCCUUAAAGCCCAACCCACUCUCUACACCAGAAUACAUCAACCUCCUCAUUGAAGGCACUCCUGCUUACAACCGAAAGCUAUUCGACAAACAUCAGUGCCGCAAGCUGUCUAAUCCAUUUUUCAACAGAAGGUGCGAGAGGAACCAGAGCCUCUAA